GGACCGACUUUUAUUCUGAAAUGAAGGGCACUGGAAGCGGAAGUGGAACAGUUUUCAGUCUGCCACCAGAUGACGUCACUGGGAGCGAGCUGAGUGGGGAGAGUUGCUCAGUUGAAGUAAACUCAUGAAUGAAGAAGAUAAAGUGCUGCAAAGAUCCACGAUGUCGAAGACAGAGUGUAAAGACAUGACACAGACGAUGGAGGAAACGAUGCAGCGACUUCAAGGACGAUUUCAGAGCAUCUCCGAACAGCUGGAGUCCAAACUAAAUGAAAUGGGAACCCGCAUCAAUGACCUCGAGAAGAACGUCUCAGACCUGAUGACACAGGCUGGUAUGGAGGAGCAGGCAGAUUCAAAGUGACAGCAGGCCCACACUUCAUCUGACACACAAGCUCUUUGAAUGAAACCUUCUGGAACUGUGGCUUCACUGUGGCUCUGAAGUUUCACUCUUCACUCUGCACUUUC